AUGGCUCCCUGCAAACCUUGUACCUUCACAGCCGGUCAAGAUCCGCUGACCAAGUUUGAUGGAGCCAUUUCGGUCCGUAACUUGCCUCGGCCCCCGGACCGCUUAUUCGAAUUUCAGGGUAUCAUGAGGCCAAGUCGCGGCAUCUAUGCCAAGUUGAUCGCCACCGGCCAAAAGCCCCCCACACAUUUCCAUCCCUCCCAGUGGGAAUUCUUCCGUGUUCUUCGCGGGAAUCUUACUAUCGAGUUCAAUGGGCGUGCCAUUCACAGGACCCCCAGUGAUGGCGAACUGGCAGUGCCUCCCUAUACCCAUCAUGUCAUUUAUGGAACCCCGGGAACGGAGAUGAAUGAGGUAGAGUUUGUCGUGAGUGCUAGUGAUCUUGAUGUGGAGGAGGAAAGUGCCCCUUUGAUGGAUCAGCCGUUUUUUGAGAAUUGGAGGAUGUUUUUCAACGGGGGAGAGAAAUUGGAUUUCGUGCAGGUUCUCUCGAUGUUUGAUGCCGGAGGCACGUAUCUGUCUCCGCCGUGGUGGGUGCCCUUCCGCUCGUGGAUCGGGCUGUUUCUCGGGAUCGUGGUGGGCCGGUGGAUCGGAGGGCUGCUGGGCUAUGCUCCCUUUUAUCCCGAGUGGACAACCGACUGGGAGGGAGCCUGUGAGAUAAUGCAACAGAGCUGGUUUCAUCGUCGAUUUGCGGAUCCACAGGCACAAAAACUGGCACGAGAAAGGUUUCGUGAGCAGUUAGAGCAGGAGGCAUCAGCUGAGGGGGAGAAAUCGGAGUAA